GCCUCGGCGAGCCGUUCUAGCAGCGCUGGUCUCGUUGGCCUCUGGCUCUCUAGCUCGGGGGAUCUCUCUCUAUGGUCGUGGCCUCCGGAAGGGGCCAGCCUCCGCUAUGCGGGAUGAGGGGCUAAAACCCGGACAGGAUGCGGGCUCCGGGUGCAGGCACGGCCUCCCUGGCCUCGCUGGCGCUACUGUGGCUGCUGGGGCUACCAUGGACCUGGAGCGCAGCGGCGGCGUUCGGUGUGUACGUGGGCGGCGGCGGCUGGCGCUUCCUGCGCAUCGUCUGCAAGACGGCGAGGCGGGACCUCUUGCCUGCUGCAGAGAGACCGCAUCCUGGGCUUUGGGAGGGGGCCUGUCUGGCCGUGGCCGUGGCCGUGAUGCUCGUCUUGGCCUCAGCGGUGGCCGAGGUGAGCGGGCAGCUUGGGAAGAGCCUUCUCAAGUUUUGCUCUGGAGACUUGGGACCCGAGGGCGUCCUGCCUGACACUCACCUCCUGGACCCGAUGCUGAAGGAGGCGUCCACCAACCCCCUGGCACAGUCCCCUGGCAAGGGCAUGGACGAUCGGCUCUUCUACAUCUACACGUCGGGGACCACGGGGCUACCCAAGGCCGCCAUAGUCGUGCACAGCAGGUACUACCGCAUCGCAGCCUUCGGCCACCACUCCUACAGCAUGCGGGCGGCGGACGUGCUGUACGACUGCCUGCCGCUGUACCACUCUGCAGGGAACAUCAUGGGCGUGGGGCAGUGCCUCAUCUAUGGGUUGACGGUUGUCCUCCGCAAGAAAUUCUCAGCCAGCCGCUUCUGGGACGACUGCGUCAAGUACAAUUGCACGGUGGUGCAGUACAUCGGGGAGAUCUGCCGCUACCUGCUGAAGCAGCCAGUGCGCGAGGCCGAGGGGCGGCACCGCGUGCGCCUGGCCGUGGGCAACGGGCUGCGGCCGGCCAUCUGGGAGGAGUUCACGCAGCGCUUCCGCGUGCAGCAGAUCGGCGAGUUCUACGGGGCCACCGAGUGCAACUGCAGCAUCGCCAACAUGGACGGCAAGGUUGGCUCCUGUGGCUUCAGCAGCCGCAUCCUGACCCGCGUGUACCCCAUCCAGCUGGUGAAGGUCAACGAGGACACCAUGGAGCUGCUGCGGGAUGCCCAGGGCCUCUGCAUCCCGUGCCAGCCCGGGGAGCCUGGCCUCCUGGUGGGCCAGAUCAACCAGCAGGACCCACUGCGCCGCUUCGACGGCUAUGUCAGCGAGAGCGCCACCAGCAAGAAGAUUGCCCACAGCGUCUUCCGCAAGGGUGACAGCGCCUACCUCUCAGGUGAUGUGCUGGUGAUGGAUGAGCUUGGCUACAUGUACUUCCGGGACCGCAGCGGGGACACCUUCCGCUGGCGAGGGGAGAAUGUUUCCACCACGGAGGUUGAAGGUGUGCUCAGCCGCUUGCUGGGCCAGACAGACGUGGCCGUGUACGGAGUGGCUGUGCCAGGAGUGGAGGGAAAAGCAGGCAUGGCAGCCAUCGCAGACCCCCACAGCCAGCUGAACCCCAACUCCAUGUACCAGGAGCUGCAGAAAGUGCUGGCACCCUACGCCCGGCCCAUCUUCCUGCGCCUCCUGCCUCAGGUGGACACCACAGGCACCUUCAAGAUCCAGAAGACCAGGCUGCAGCGCGAGGGCUUCGACCCCCGCCAGACCGCGGACCGGCUCUUCUUCCUGGACCUGAAGCAAGGCCACUACCUGCCCCUGGACGAGGGCGUCUACACCCGCAUCUGCUCGGGCGCCUUUGCCCUCUGAGGUCCCUCCCUGCCAGCUGAGACCCCGCUGAGUCUGGUGGGCCCUGUCCCGGGGCUGCCCCUCCUGCCCAGCCACUAGCCACAUGCCGGCCGUCUGCAGGGUGCGAGGGACCGAGCCUCAGCGUCCUGCUACUCCGCGCCCCUGCCCCUGGGCACCGUCUCCGCGCUUCCCGGGAGCUCCGUGUGCGCAGGGCCCAGCUGCUCUCCAGGUCUCAUCCCUGUCUUGUGUCCCUGGACCUGGAGCAGGCGUCCCGUCCUUCUGUGCCUUAGGAACCGCCCAGGCCUCCCGCUGCGCUGGUUCCAGAUGUUUAGGGCUCCAAGAGGCCCCGCCCUCCCCGGGAACGAGGGGCCCAUCCAGGUGCCUGGCCCCGUCCGCGGAGUCUCCUGUCUGGGCUGCUGCCCUUUUGCACUUUGCCAUCCCUGACCCUCCUGGUUCCCCCAUUCCCCUUCCGAUGCCCUGGAAGCUUCCAGAAUGAACUGUGACAACUUGAAUGUGCCCCUGCCCACCUCUGUCUAGAUGUCUCUGUUCAGGUGUCUCCUCAGAGCGCCCUCUAAGGGGCCCUGAAGACUGUCCGGGCUACCCAGCCCCCUGCUUCCUGUCCCUGGCAAAGGCCCUGUGUGUCCCCACUUGUGUGACUGCUGGAAGGACCUGGGAGAGGGCAGCAGUGGUGUCAGGGAGAUCUCCUGCCAGGGGGUGUCACCUGAGGGCCUCAGGGGGGUUCCAGCCUGUCAGACAUACUCCCAGCAGCCACUCCUGAGGGUCCCAGGGGUUCUGCUAGUGACGGUCAGACCUUAUGUUGUUGGUGACAUCUGUGCAGUCCCCUUGGGGCAGCUCCCUCGCUCCCUUCCUCUCACUGGUGGCUCAUCUUGGACCCAUGUGCCAGCCAGUUGCAGUGGCCACCCAGAUGCACAUUACCCUCCUGCAGCAGCACCGUCCAGCCCUGAGCGGGGUGGCAGUGGCGAGUGUCCCCACCCUGCCUGGCAACAGCUCCACGCAGGGCUUUUGUUCCCUAGUGGAUUUUAAGAAAUAAACCUGCAGAGCAUCUGGCACCUGCCGGAAGC